AUGCUCCUGUGCGUGGCAACGGUGGUGGCCGCGGCGGCGCCCACAACGGUGCCUCCGUCGCCAGUGCCCAACACAGCACGACCAGCACGCGCAGCCCUCGAGCCCGACAGCGCCGGCCGCAUCGUCGCGCGGCGGCCGGGCGCGUGGUACUCCCUGAAG